AUGAGACCGGCAACUUUCCGAUGAACAUUUCACUUUUGAAAGAGACAAUAGUUGAAGACAGACGACUCGGUUUCCUGCCAAUUCUGUGCGUCGCAAAUUACGGCGCUACGAACACUUGUGCGGUUGACCCUGUGCACGAGUUGGGAGAUCUCUGUCGGCGAGAAGGAAUAAUGUUGCAUGUGGAUGCGGCAUACAGUGGGAGCGCUCUCAUGCUCGAGGCAUUCAGAGAUGAUGCUCUCGUGAUUCGAACAGUAAGAAGUAUAUACA